GCUGCCUGAUGAUUUGCUUACUUGGAGCAGGACCGAGUUUGGAGCGGGUACUGUGAAAUGUGUAACCACGAUGUUGCCCGGAUAAUCGGCGGAGGACGUUAAGGGAGACGGAGCCCGCAGACCUACGACCAGCUGAAGGCGAGUGAAGCAGGCAAGACAGCCACACCUCAUGCGUGGGCUCGGCAAAGGUCCGAGUGGAUACGGGUCUGACAAACAUGGGUGUGCUCCAGCUCCACAACCCCACUCACCCCGGCACGCUUCUGCAGCGAGCCAAUCAGAUGCGUCUGUCCGGCACCUUGUGUGAUGUCAUCAUCACGGUGGACGGCCAGGAGUUCCCGGCGCACCGCACCGUCCUGGCCUGCACCAGCAAAAUGUUCGAGAUCUUGUUCCACCGCAGCAGCCUGCGCUACGCCCUGGACUUCCUGUCCCCCAAGACCUUCCAGCAGAUCCUGGAGUACGCCUACACCGCGUCCCUCCAGGCCACAGCUGAGGACCUGGAUGACUUGCUGUACGCCGCUGAGAUCCUGGAGAUCGAGUACCUGGAGGAGCAGUGUCUGAAGGUGCUGGAGACCAUCCAGGCGGAGGAGAGUGAGGAGGUGGCAGUGAGGAAUCACAGCUCCGGAGACCACAGUGACCAUAGCCGGGCUAGGCACUGGAGGCACAUGUUGAUGUCCAAGAAGCAUUCCAUACAGGACGGACCCAACCGCAACACUCCCACCGCCCUACACCACCUGGCACUGUACCACAUGACGGAGAGGAGCUCUCCUGGUCCAGAGCCUCAGGUUGCUCCUGAAUCGAGCCCCAAGUUGGACGCGGAGGUUGACAUGGAGAGCUCCCAGCAGCCUCGUCACCACGGUGCAAAGCUAUCCCAGGCCUCAUCCCUGGAUCCCGCUAGAAGUAUCAAAUCAGAGAGCAUGCAGGUGGAUGAGGCCAACAGCUGCGAGGGCAGGUCCUCCAGUGCUGGGGAGGGGAGCUGCGUGUCAGACCAGCCCAGAGACGAGGGCCCGGGGACGCCCCUGAGAGGCAGUGUGAUCACCAGUGCUCGAGAGCUGCACACAGGCCCCGAAGACGGAGGACAAGUGGUGGGGAAUUCUCUUGACUGUUUCCCCGGGAUCCCCGAGAAACAUCUGGCCUCCAUAUACUCGGUGCCCUCCAACCAGACAGGGGAGGGGAUGCUGCCAGUGCCCGUUUCAGUGGCCCCGUCCAUGGGCGUGCCACUGGACCCGAGGGCCUACAGCGGUCUGCUGCACCAGGGCUUGCUGCACAGAGAGCUCCUCAGCAGGCUGGGCCAGUUUGCAGCGGGCAUGAGGCACGAGGGCCAGGCUCAAGGGCAGCAGUGCUGUGGCGAAUGUGGGCUUCAGCUGCACAGCAGGCAGGCCAUGGAGCAGCACAGGAGGCUGCAUAACGAGGAGAAGGGCCACGGCUGUGAAUACUGUGGCAAACACUUCCAGGACAGCAUGCGGCUAAGGAUGCACAUGCUGUCUCACACAGGGAUGUGCCGCAGGCGGGAAGCGUCUGCUGUAGAGAGAACAACCAGUCCUUCUGUGGCCUCUCAGGCAGACAGUCUGCUCACUGUUCAGAGACUGAUAACAAGGCACGCUCCUGCAGAGGCGCUUGUGUGUGAUCAGUGCGGAGCAACAUUCUCCUCAGAGGAUGCUCUGGAAGGCCACAGGCAAACACACACAGGGACUGACAUGGCGGUGUUCUGUCUGCUGUGUGCAAAGCGCUUCCAGACCCAGAAGGCCCUGCAGCAGCACAUGGAGGUCCAUGCAGGCAUGCACAGCUACAUCUGUAGCCACUGCGAGCGCCCCUUCCCCAGCCACACUACCCUCAAGAGACAUUUGCGAUCGCACACGGGCGAUCACCCGUUUGAGUGCGAAUUCUGCGGGAGCUGUUUCAGAGACGAUGGCACGCUGAGGGGCCAUAAACGCAUCCACACAGGAGAGAAGCCUUACGAGUGCAACGGCUGUGGGAAGAGGUUCAGCCUCAAACACCAGCUAGAGACACACUACCGUGUACAUACAGGUGAGAAGCCAUUUGAGUGUAAGCUGUGUCACCAGCGGUCCAGAGACUACUCAGCUAUGAUCAAGCACCUGCGCACUCACAACGGAGCGUCUCCGUACCAGUGCACCAUCUGCCAGGACUUCUGCCCGAGCCUGGCCGCCAUGCAGAAGCACAUGAAGAGCCACAAGCCUGAAGAGGUGCCGGCAGACUGGAGGAUAGAAAAGACUUACCUGUACGUCUGUUACGUCUGAGCAGGACUUGGACCCCCACCCCGCACAAUCUCUGACACACACUCACUCGGUUGGGUGAAAAGCUUGUAACUCCAAUGUUGCUGAUUUUUAAAGCUGAGGGAUUAAACGUUUCUUUAUGGGUUAAAGAAAA